AUGCCCAGUGCUGCGCUAGAUAACUCACGCCUUUCUCCUCCUCGCUCUGGUGAGCGCAGCAGCGAGCCCAAUAAGAACUACGUCCUCCCAGCUGGUCGCGGAUUUUCCGUCCGUGCCUUCAAGGUUCCUACAUUGUCCUCGAGGACAUACUCGAGCAAGGGCGACUUCGACUACCGCCCCAUGGGCCGGACCGAGUCGAUCUCUCAGCAGCCCGCACCUCAUGCCCAGCGCGAGGACUCCACGCGUAAAACGACCACGGCCCCACCACCGCCACCGGUGUCAAAAGAGCCCGCGGUCUUCCCCGUGUCGCUGCAGCAGCAGGCACAACAGCAACAGCCUGGCGGUGCCGAGGCAUCCAUGAUGUACAUUAUCCAUCCUGCGUCGGUUCCAGACAUGUAUAUCUACGAGCGUUCGCUGGCCGCUAAGUCAGACGGCGCCAACUCCGAGUUCAUUGACGACGACGGUGAUUCGAUCUAUUCACUCUCGACGCAGGCAUCUUCCUCGUCUUCUGGCAGCAGCACCGCCGAUGCUCCGCCGCGGACGGACUCGCCACCACGAGGUCGCUCGCGCUCGCAGAGCCCUGCAGAGCAGCUGAAGCAGGUCGGAUACCCCACGAGCUACAACAUGUACACCUACCCCCCUGCACCAGCAUACGCUCCCGAGCCUCAGCCAAUGACACGCGCUCCUUCUAGCAUGCCUUCCUCAUACCCGACAGCGUCGUCGCGAUCCCAGCCUUCUCCGCCUGCGCCCGUAGGCACCCGCGUCCGCAAGGACAGCAUUAUGCUCGCAAGUGAACGCGUUCCACACGAGUACCACGCGCCUCCGGGCCUCGGUCCCACUCAGGGGCAGAGUCAAUAUAUUUACCAGACGUCCGGCAUCCCGGGCCAGCAGCUGCCCCAGAGGCUCAGCACAUCUCCCCCUGAUGCCCUCCGCGCCACUUUGAAUGGCUACGCUCCCAACCCACCCGCACAAUCGUCAUCAUCAGCGGUGCCCGUAGCUCAGGGCAUGUCCCGCUCCCUCUCCAAACGCGAACGCGAAGUCGCCUUCAGCGACCCUCCCCAACUCGACCCCAACAGCUAUGAAUACGAGUACGAUUACGACUACGUCGUUCUCGCCGAGCAGCAGCAGCAGCAGCGCCCUUCUGCGCUGCCACACCGCCGCAACUCGGACAGCGACCAGCAGCGCAUCCGGCCGCCACGGCCCUCGCGCUCGGCUACAAUGCCCGCCGCUCGCUCCGUGCGCUGGAGCGAGAAUCUGAUCUGCCCAUCGCCGAUCCCGAAGCGCAAGGGGUGGUUCAAUCGCAGAGGGGACCAGCUGUGGACGAACUCGGGCGCGUACAAGGCGCCGCCGCCGGGCGAGGACUACCCGCUCGACCUGGACGACUACCCUGAGCCGUCCGAGGGGUGGCAGAACGAGAACGGCGUGCGCAUCGAUCUUAAGCACCGUCAUGUCCCAAAAGCGCCGCCCCGCCCUGCGCUCAAGCGCACGAAUUACCGCCCGCCGGUGCUCCCAGAUGGCUUCCCACAAUGCACGGCAAACGACGACAGAGACGACGACACAUGCACAGCAUUAUGGGUAUGA